AUGGGCAGCGCUGCCGGCGCGCAGAAAAGAUUCGUGUACAAAAACAAGCAAGGAAAAGUCAGGGACAACCUGGCGAUACCUUUAGGCGAUGGCAGCCAAGCCUCCGGUAGCACGCCUGCACCGCCGCAACUGGAUGAGGCUGGCAGCACCAUGUCGCCGCAGAGCUCGCGGCGGCAUACUGUGCAGGAUGUGAAGCAAAGGCUACUCGAGACCGGCCUGAGGCAAGACGAGGUUGAUGUUGCUUUGCUUCGCGUAGCAGCAUCCAUGAUCCAGGAUGCCGGUGUGUCCGCCCAGGCAGCCCAAGCGCUGAGAAGGGCGAGUACGUCCGAGCAGUCUCAGGACAUGGGCCUCAUGGAUGCGUCCGAGAUCCUGAACUGCAUCGAGGAGCAGGCUGGUGUCCUGCCAAAAAUUACGGUUCCGGCCGGCAGCCCAAACAGGCAAGGCAAAGCCUUUGCGACCUGGAUGGAGCGAUGUGAAGCACUCCUCGAAGAACAAGAUGAGGCCAACUAUUUGGCCAAGAAACAGUUGGCGGCUCAAGUCAGAGCGUACUUGGCAAACUGUGCCGAGACGCACGAGAAGGAACAGCUCUUCAUGCGACGUAGAGUAGGCGAGAUGCUUGGCGACGAGCUCGGCAGGUUCGAGGAUCGAGCGCCAUCAAAGUUCAGCACCAUUACUACGCCAAAGUCGCGAUUCGGAGAAGAAGAUGAGGAAGACGAAGAAGACGAGGAGUUGCAGAUCGAGGACUCCUGGAACUCUGCCAUCGUAAGAGCAAAAAGCGUCAAGCCAGCGGUCAAGAAAGAAAGAGCAGAAGGGCUCGACAUGACGGCUGACGAGUUGUUUCAGAAGCUCUUGGCGCGCAGAUCUCGCAUGCCGAUUUCAAAGAGGUACGUCCACAGAUGUCUGGACAAGUUUGUGAAGGCUUGGACAGACAAGUAUGGAAGGUAUACCUCCCUGUUACCUGACGUGGAAGUUCCCUUUGGGGGGCAGACCAUCGUGGUAGGCGACACCCAUGGCCAGCUGGAAGAUGUCCUGACUAUAUUCCUCGCACAUGGCACACCCUCCAAUCGAAACAGGUAUGUCUUCAAUGGUGACAUUGCAGACAGAG